AUGACGCCUCUAUAUCCGUGCAGUUGUAUGUCUGCGAAUUGCCCCGAUAUUCCUAGACUCAGCUCGUAUUCAGACGAGAAGUCGAACGACGGCGCGCGAAGGCUACACCAGUCGCCAGCCCUCCAGAAAGCCGAGAGAUCCACACAGGGGGGCGUGGGGGCCUCUGCACGGUCCCGGAAACCGGCAGAAUGGCCGAGUGGUCUAAGGCGCUGCGUUAAGGCCGCAGUCCGAAAGGGCGUGGGUUCGAACCCCACUUCUGUCAGCUUUUUCUCCCACGGACUCUCCGCCUCCCCUUGUUUGUUCCCAUACAUGGGUCCAAAACAACAUCCGGUUUAUUGUGUUCCUGGUUAG